CAUAAAUGGGGUUAUGAGAUUAAAUCAGAAGACUUGAUGCAAAAUCAUUGGGAUAAUGAAUGCUUCAAAACUAAAAUGCAAGAUGAAAGUAUACAGGUUAUCCAAAAUAUUAUGCCAAUCAAGUCUAUGAAAAUCAAAAGCUUUACAACUAGUUUAAUUAAUGAGCCAUGUUCAUUGACUCCUCUGCUAUUACUACCAAAGCCUUUUGCAUUAAUUGGCGGUCUCUUGAGAUACUCAUGUAAACAUAGUGUAAAUAUACCCGAGAUUAAAAAUCUUUAA